AUGCCUGCCGUGAUCAGGAGCUCCAGCACGUCGUCUACAUCGACGUCAGACGAGGAACCCCGUGGAACUGUGCCCUCGAGCAGCAACUCGUCCAUUGGAUCUGACGAUGGAUACCCGGCACAGUCAUUCCCUGACUAUGCGGAGAAGCCGCUUGAAGAGCAGCUGGAACCAAUCGCUGUUGUUGGCAUGGGUUGCCGCCUGCCUGGCGAUGUGAAAUGUGUCUCUGACUUUUGGGAUCUCAUGAUGAAGAAAGGGACCGGCAACACGCCCAAAGUGCCUGCCUCGCGAUUCAACAUCGAUGCGCACAUCCACCAAAACAAUGACCGUCCCGGUAGCUUUGGCGUCCUGGGUGGGUAUUUUCUGAACGACGAUCUAGCAGAUUUCGAUCCCGGCCUGUUCGGCAUCACCCCUGUGGAAGCCAUGUGGAUGGACCCGCAACAGCGGAAACUGCUCGAGGUUGUCUAUGAGGCCCUGGAGUCCGGGGGCAUCUCGCUCGAGAAGAUCGCCGGCACCCGCACGGCCGUGUUUGCCGCCAGCUUCACGGCUGAUUGGCAGCAGAUGGCCUUUAAGGAGCACUCCUUCCGACACAGCCUGGCCGCGACUGGCGUGGAUCCAGGGAUCAUCAGCAACCGGAUCAGCCACGUCUUCAAUCUGAACGGGCCCAGCAUUAUGUGCAAUACGGCGUGCUCAUCAUCUAUAUAUGCGCUGCACAAUGCCUGCAACUCCCUGCGCAAUGGCGAAGCCGAGGGCGCUAUCGUCGGCGGUGUCAACCUAAUCAUCACCGUUGACCAGCACAUGAACACCGCCAAGCUCGGUGUCUUGUCGCCCACAUCGGUGUGCCAUACCUUUGACGAGAGUGCAGAUGGAUAUGGCCGUGCCGAUGCGGUGGGUGCCGUAUACUUGAAACGCCUGUCCGACGCCAUUCGCGAUGGCGAUCCCAUCCGCGGCGUGAUCCGAUCUAGCGCCACCAACUCCAAUGGCAAAGUCGCUGGCGCUGGAAUCACCCAUCCCAACCGCGAAGGACAGGCCCAGGUAAUUGCUGCGGCUUACAAACGUGGCGGAGACCUUGACCCACGGCUCACAGGGUACUUUGAGUGCCACGGAACCGGUACUGCAGUGGGGGAUCCGCUGGAGGUGCACGCUGUGUCCAUGGCAAUGAACAAGAAGCGUCACCCAGAUGUUGACCAACCCCUGUGGAUUGGCGCCGUCAAGACCAACAUCGGUCAUUCUGAGGCGGCCAGCGGCAUCUCCGCCCUGAUCAAAGCCAUCUUGAUCACCGAGCGGGGCAUGAUCCCGGCCACCCGCGGGGUGGUGAACCCCAGUAAGGCCAUCAAGUGGGAUGAGUGGCAGGUGAAGGUCCCCAUGGAGGCGGUUCCUUUCCCCCGCGAGCUCCCUGUGUGUCGUGUGUCCAUCAACAGCUUCGGAUACGGUGGGACGAACGCUCACGUCAUCGUGGAGGGCACGGAGUCCUUUACGCGCGACGGGCCAGCAGCCUACACCUACGACGAUCGCUGGACGCAAAAGCCCAGAGUGCGAUUUCCCGGCUCCAGAAGAGCCUGGGAACGCAACCGACCUUACCUCCUCCCGUUUUCCGCCCACGAUAAAAUCACGCUGCGUCGCAAUAUCGACGCCCAUGGAAAGAUCGCAGCUAACUAUAGCCUGCUCGAUCUGUCGUACACACUAGCAAACAGACGCAGUGUACUCGCCAGUAAGGCGUUCGCAGUUGCCAGCUACGGGACCCUGAACACGGUCUUCGAUGCAGUGGGGGAGCACUUUGCCUUUGCAGAUAAGAAAAGCGUCCGUUCCGUCGGUUUUGUCUUCACGGGACAGGGCGCGCAGUGGGCGCGGAUGGGCGUAGAGCUCAUGCACUAUUGCCCGGGGUUCCUGCAGUCUAUCCGGGCACUGGACCAGGUGCUCGGCGAGCUGCACGAUGGCCCCGAGUGGUCAAUCGAAGAUGUUCUGCUUGCCCAUGCGGAUGCCUCGCCCGUCAACGACGCCGAGUUUUCGCAGCCCUUGUGCACCGCUGUCCAGAUCGCCAUCGUGCAACUGCUGCACUCCUGGAAUGUCCGUCCGACCGUAACUGUUGGUCAUUCAUCAGGCGAGAUGGCGGCCGCAUACGCGGCAGGACUGAUCUCGGCAGAGGAUACAAUUGUGGCGGCUUACUACCGUGGACGAGUAGCCAAGGAUGUCGACACCAACGGUGCGAUGCUAGCCGUGGGUCUGUCCGCUGAUGCGGUCAAGCCGUAUCUGGUCGGCGUGGAGGACCAGAUCGUCGUCGCCUGUGACAAUUCCCCGUCACUGAUCACACUGUCCGGUGACAAAGACGCCCUAGAAUCCCUUCAAUCCCAGCUGAAUACGGCCGGAGUCUUCAACCGCGCGGUGAAGACGAACGGCAAGGCGUACCAUUCACACCACAUGGCACCGGCGGCGGAUAGAUACCGGGCCCUCAUGCAUGAGGCCAAGCAACAUCGUAGGAGACGCGGCGCCCCGCUGGCCACGUCUGCUCGGAUGGUUUCGUCGGUGACCAACACCGUUCUACCUGAGGGUACCCUCCUUGACGCGGACUACUGGAGUCGGAAUCUGCGCAGCCCCGUGCUGUUUAACCAAGCUGUGCAGACCGUUCUCACCGACAAGGCUUUUGCGGAGGUGGACCUUCUCAUUGAGAUCGGACCACACUCGGCCCUGGCCGGUCCCGUCAAACAAAUCCGAGAGUCGCUGAAGAGCCAGGCAGACAAGAUCGAGUACAUCCCGACACUCGUACGGGGCGAAGAUUGUGCAGUUCGCCUGCUGAAGGUUGCAGGGGAGCUAUUCCUGCGAAGCUACAAGGCUCUGGACAUGGAGAAGGUCACCAGCGCCUACAUUGAUAGCACAGCAACACCCAGCCAGACCAAGGGUUCGACCAUCGUGGAUCUUCCCCCCUACCAGUGGAACUACACGCGUCCCUUGUGGGCGGAGAGCCGCAGCAGUCGCGAACAGCGGCAGCCCCGAUUCCCACGCCACGACGUGCUGGGCCAGCGAGUCAUCGGCAGCUCCCUGGCGGAGCCCACCUGGCGCAAUGUCCUACGAGCGCGCGACCUGCCCUGGCUGAAAGACCACCAUUUGGGCGGCGAGUCCGUUUUCCCAGCUGCGGGAUACUUUGCGAUGGCUAUCGAGGCGAUCCGACAGAUCAACGAGCUCAGCGACGACCCUGUGGAGAUCGAGAGUUAUGUGCUGCGUGACGUGUCUAUCAAGACAGCACUGGUGACUCCGGACGACGACGACGGGAUCGAGGUCCUGUUCAACAUGCGUCCGUCCGUGUACGGGGGCAAGGAGUGGGACUGGCGGGUCUCGUCGGUGGACAGCACUGGCAUCAAUAAAAACCACAUGCAGGGCAGCAUCGGCAUCAACACCCGCCCCCGGGGAAAGAAACCGCGGCCGGUGCCCCGAUUCCCACAGAGGGCGAGCGGCAAAGCGUGGAAUCAGGCCUUACGCGAGGUCGGUUUCGACUAUGGCCCUACCUUCCAGGACAUGGACAAUGUGCGCUUCGACGGAAAAAGCUAUCACGCGUCCUGCACAACCAACAUCAAGCAGGUUGUCGACGAGAACCUGGGCGAGUCACGCUAUGUGCUGCACCCGGCGUCGAUUGACUCGACUCUGCAGCUUUGCAUUGCUGCAAUUUACGCUGGUCGAACCGAAGCCAUGGCCUGCGGUGUGGUGCCCGUGCAGGUCGACGAAAUCGCCAUCUGGCCCCCUACAGCUGAGCAACUCUCGGAGAGCAAGGCGAUUGCAUACGCUAACGUGCACCGCCGUGGGCUUCGUACAUCGGAGAGUACAGUCCAACUGACCUCGGCGCAGAACGGCGAGAUGUUGAUGGAGAUCGUUAACAUGCGCGCAACAGCCUACGAGGCGGCGGUUCCCCAGCGACUCGAGAGCGCGCUGGAGGAGGCGCCGUACGGCCAGAUGGCGUGGGAGUUGGACUUCGAGGACCCCAAGAACAGGGAGGGACUCGCCACGUCGGAGCUGGCCAAUCUGGCUCUGUUCAAGUAUCCUGCCUCCAAGGUGGCCGAGCUUGGUAUGGGUCACGCGACAGAGAUCCUCAGAGCAAACCCGGAAACACUCUACACAGUCAUCGUCACCUCUGAGGAAGAGCUGGAGGCGGCUACGCGCGUUGUUGACGGAUACCGCAAUGCUCGAGCCGUCCACGUGGACCCGUCACAGGAAAUGGAGCCCCAGGGCCUGGAGAAGGAAUCGUACGACAUUCUCAUUGCAGGACCCCAGGGUCAGAGUCUCCUGAACGGCAUAGUCAAACCAGGUGCAUCGGUGAUGAGUUCUGAGUUGACAGUUGCUGGCCAAACUUCCGAGGCAAAAACAGACAACACGGCUUCAGUUCAGCUGGUCUACCGUAACUAUCCAACUAACAUCGUCGCCACGGUCAUGGCGUCACUGGAGGCCCUUGGAUGGGAUGUGAGGGUGACCAGCCUCAUGGCUUCGACCUCCAACAUAGAGGGACACGUCAUCAUGCUGGCCGAUUUCGAGGGCCCACUGCUUUUCACCCUCCAGGAAGAGGAGUUUGCCGCCAUCCAGAACAUCGUGGCCUGUACCUCAUCCCUGCUCUGGGUGACCCCUGGAGGUUUUCUACAAGGCAAGCAGCCCGAGUACGCCAUGGUCUCUGGUCUUGCCCGCGCCAUCACGGCGGAACAGGCCUCUCUGGACUUCCGCGUACUGGAUGUCGAUCCCGCCAGUUUCGAUGCUGAGUCAGUUGUUCAGUCCGUGGUCAGGGUUCUGAAAAUGCAGACCAAGCCCCAAGAGUCGCCGGAGCGCGAGUUCUGCGUUUCUGGCGACAAAACAUACAUCAGUCGACUGGUACGCAAUAAGGACCUCAACGAGCUAUACACGGCGCAGGACAAGCCUGAUCCAAAGAGCUUCACGCCUGGAGACCGUGUGUCGGGCUUGGUCUCCAAGACUAAGGUUCUAUUCCAGCAACAGCAGCAGGAAGAAGACUCUGGUGUCGAGCCCGGCCACGUCGAAGUGCAGGUGCAAAGCAGUGGUCUUACCAAGGAAGGCGUACUGGUAAUCACUGGCUCCGACUACGCCACCACCCUCAGCCAGGAGAUUGGUGGUGUCGUGACGCGAGUUGGUCAAGGGGUGUCUGGCUUCACAGCCGGCGACAGAGUGGUCGGAUUCCAUGCGGCCCAUUUCAAUAGCUACCAGCAAGUCCCGGCCGUGAUGCUGCAGCGGCUCAAGACGGAUGAGGACAUGACAAGCACGGUCAGCGGGCUGUCAGCUUAUGCUGCUGCUCUUUAUGGGCUGCAGACUCUGGCCGGUGUGAGAAAGGGGGAGAAUGUGCUGGUUUUGAACAAGACAGGAUCCGCGGGUGUUGCCGCCAUCACACUCGCCCAGCGGAAAGGCGCGAACGUCUACGUUGUGGUAGACGCUGAGGAGGAAGUUGCUUUCCUGCAGACCCAUCUGGGCCUAGAUACCCGUCAUAUCAUCCGGCCUUCGGACGGGCUGGUUUCCGAGCGCCUGGAGCAGCUCACAGGCGGCCACGGAGCCGACGUGGUGUUCAGCGAUGGGUCAAGUGUCGAUCCAACAGCAGCCCAUGAGGCAUGGCGCUGCAUCGCUUCCUUUGGCCGCUUCCUCGACAGCGGUCGUAAGGGCACUUCCGGCGCCAGAGCUCUCAAUUCCCUGCCAGUCCACCGUAGUGCCAGCUACAUCCCCUUCGACAUCCUGGAGCUUUACCAGUCCCGGCCAGAGGUCCUGUCUGAGCUGCUUCCAGCCAUUGUCUCCGAGGUCAACCGUGCCGACUCUAGCUCAGUUCCGAUCAAGCCCAUCCAUCUGGGCGAGAUUGACCGGGCAGUGUCAGAAUUCUCGGACGCCUUCGGGGCGGGUAAACCUGUGAUUCAGUACCAGACAUCUGACAUUCCCAUCCAGAUCCUUCCCACUCGAGGUGGUAAGCUGCGACUUCGUUCGGACGUCACAUACCUUCUGGUCGGCUGCCUGGGCGGUCUUGGACGGAGUUUGACGUCAUGGAUGAUGGAGUGUGGCGCCCGUCGUUUCACCUUUCUCUCCCGCUCAGGAGCAGAUGCAGAAUCAGCUGCGGAGUUGGUUCGACAGCUCCAGGCCGCUGGUGCGGUUGUUCAGGUUGUUCGCGGCGAUGCGACAUCAGCAGAAGAUGUCUCCCGCGCGUUCAGGGGUGUGCCUUCGGAGCACCCAGUUCGAGGUGUUAUCCAUGCGGCCAUGGUGCUGAGGGACGGACUCUUCCACUCCAUGACUUACAAGGAUUGGAAACAGUCUACCCAGCCCAAGGUGCUCGGAGCCCAGAACCUGCAUGCUGUCCUGGCCGACGAGCCACUAGACUUCUUCCUCAUGACCAGCUCCGUCUCGGGAAUUCUGGGCACCCCUGGUCAGAGCAACUACGCCGCGGCCAACACCUACCUGGACUCACUCGCCCGCCAUCGGCGAGUCAGUAACCAGGCUGCCACCUCCGUUGUCCUGCCGAUGGUGCUGGGUGUUGGCGUCGUGGCUGAGAAUGACACGCUCGAGGACGCUCUGAAGCGCAAGGGCAUGUACGGCAUUGACGAGCAGCAUCUGCUACAGUCCUUUGAAGCAGCCAUCAUCUCCAACACUCACCUUGAACCCGCCCCAGACCAUGUGGUGGUCGGGCUUGAUCCUGCUAAGUUACAAAAGGCCGUUAACGACAGCGCUAGCACCGACAGCUUCUGGCUUCAUGACGCUCGCUUCAGUCACGCCGUGCACUCCAUCAACGUCUCAUCUGAUGAAGCCGCAGCAGGCGCACAACUGAGCAUCCUGACCAGCAUCCGGGCAGCAGAGUCGCCGGCUGAGGCGGUCGCACUCAUCUGCAAGCAUUUCAUCGACAAGCUCUCGCGCAUGCUAAUGCUUGACCCUGCAGAUGUGGAUGCUGAGGUCGGGUCGAUCGCUUCCUACGGAAUUGAUUCCAUGGUUGGAGCCGAAUUACGCAAUUGGAUUUUUAAGGAGUUUGCUAUGGACAUGCCCUUCCAGCAGUUGCUGGGGCCGAGCCUGACCAUCUCAAAGUUUGCGACUCAAGUAUGUCAGGUGCAAAAUAUAAUUGAGUCAUAG